AUGCGCCAAUCCUCCCGCACGGCUGCGGCCGCCCUUGUAGCGGCCACUACUGCAAGUGCUGCAUCGCUUGCGGAUCUCUGUACCGUUGCCAACGUCCAAUCGGCGCUGCCGGCUAACGGAACCCUUCUCGGCAUCGAGCUCCUUCCGUCUUCGGUCACGGCCAGCCCUGUCUACAAUGCCUCGACCGGCGGUGGCAUGAGCAUGUCCACCACCUCCAGCUCGGCUACUUACUCGUACUGCAACGUCACGGUUGCUUACACUCGUCCGGGCAAGGAGUCGACCGACAAUGUUGUCGUCUGGUACGGUUUCCCCAGCCCCAGCGACUUCAAGAACCGUUUCUAUGUCGGCGGCGGCGGUGGCUAUACCAUCAGCACCAGCGCCACCGGUGGUCUGGCUUACGGUGCCGUGACCGGCACGACCGAUGCCGGAUAUGACGGCUUCAGCAAGAGCUACGACGAGGUUGUGCUCUACGGAAACGGCUCCAUCAACUGGGAUGCCACCUACAUGUUCGCCUACCAGGCCUUGGGCGAAACGACACUGAUCGGAAAGGCACUCACCAAGAACUUCUAUUCGACCAGCGACAAGAUCUACACCUACUUCGAGGGAUGCUCCGACGGUGGUCGUGAGGCCAUGAGCCAGGUCCAGCGCUGGGGCGAGGAGUACGACGGUGUGGUGGCGGGUGCUCCUGCCUUCCGCUAUGCCCAGCAGCAAGUUAACCACGUCUUCUCGGCUACUGUUCUGCACACCCUGGGGUACAACGCGCCUCCUUGCGAGCUUGAGAAGAUCGUGAACUUGACCAUCGCGGCCUGCGACCCGCUCGACGGCCGCAGUGACGGCGUCGUUUCCCGCACUGAUCUGUGCAAGAUGAACUUCAACCUCAACACGACCAUUGGAGAGCCGUACUACUGCGCCGCCGAGAACAGCACGUCUCUCGGCUUUGGCUUCAGCGGCGGCGCCAAGGUUAAGCGCCAGCAGACGACUGGCUCCACGACGAGCUACACGCCGGCGCAGAACGGCACCGUCACCGCUGAAGGUGUCGCCGUCGCCCAGGCCAUCUACGACGGCCUUAUUGGCUCUGACGGCAAGCGUGGCUACCUGUCCUACCAGACGGCCUGCUCUCUCGACGAUGCUUCGACCACGUACGACUCCAGCACCGGCGAGUGGGAGCUCAGCAUCCCGUCCACCGGUGGUGAGUUCGUGACCAAGUACGUGCAGCUGCUGGACCUCGACAACCUGGAGUCCCUGGACAACGUUACCUACGACACCCUGAUCGACUGGAUGAACACGGCCAUGGUCCGCUACCUUGACAGCCUGCAGACCACGCUGCCUGACCUGACGCCCUUCCAGAAGUCUGGAGGCAAGCUUCUCCACUACCACGGCGAGUCGGACCCCUCGAUCCCGUCAGGCUCCUCGGUGCACUACUUCGACAGCGUGCGCAAGACCAUGUACGCGGACAAGUCGUACAACGAGUCGGUCGAGGCGCUGGGCGACUGGUACCGCUUCUUCCUCGUUCCGGGCGCGGCGCACUGCGGCUCCAACAGCCUCCAGCCUGGCCCCUACCCGCAGAGCAACAUGGACAUCAUGAUCGACUGGGUCGAGAACGGCGUCGUGCCCGAGCGCCUCAACGCCACCGUCAGCUCCGGCGACAACGCUGGCGAGACCCAGAUGCUGUGCAACUGGCCCCUGCGCCCGCUGUGGAGCGGCAACACCACCGAUUUCGACUGCGUCUACGAUCAGGCCAGCAUUGACAGCUGGACCUACACUUUCGAUGCCUUCAAGAUGCCUGUCUACUAA